UCAGUUAUACGAAUUUAAAUCAUGUAGUCGUGCUAGAUUACAAAUGAAGACGUUUUUCUAAGUAGUUUCUGAAAACUGUCUGUACUGCAGUAAAUUGCAUUUCAUUUAUAUAAUAAUGGUAUUAUAAUGGCGAAACGAAACGAAUAUAUACGGACGAAUGCAGAACUAAUUGGUGUGAAUUUAUGCAUUAUAUGGUUUGGUCAUAAGAGGAAAUAGCGUAAUUGCUAUAAAAAGCAUUCAGCGGGAAACCUUUAGUGUUUUCCCGCGAAGUAUUUUUAUAACAAUCGCACUCUUAAUAUAGUAACAUGCUGGGAUUACCCGCGGAGCAGGUAAACAGAUGAUGAAUUCCACUCAAAAGGCCAUAUAUACUGGAGUAUAUGUUGACAAGAGGAAUGUAACAUAGCAAGGAAUGUAUGUUGUGUGUAUGCUUGUCCAUUAAAAAAGUCACCAGUACAUGCUAGUGGUGCAGUAUGGCCGCUAACACACACCUGAUCGGCGACAAGGAGACCAAUAAUUGGUUCAAAGCGUGCAUAGGACUCAAUGUUACGAAGGAAGGACUCACUAACUUUCUUUGCACAGAAUUACAGAAAGUACACACCGUUUUUGGUAUAAGUUGUGGAAACUGCCCAAUUGAAAACCUCAUACAAUGUCCGACAUACCCAUAUUGUAACAAGAGGAAACGGAAUUAUUGUCCUUUUCACAAAUCACAGAAACCGCAGCCAUGUAAUAUAUGUGAUAAUGUAAAACAUAAUAUCAUAUUACACCACAGAUAUGGUGAACCUUCCUGGAGGAACACUCGUGCGGAAAAGUGGGCACUAAAUUAUUGGGAAAUAGGCAAAUGCUACCUCCCUCCGGACGGAUAUAGCAGCAUUUCCUCGGUCCAGGAAUCGGACUUUAAUGGUGUGAUUAGCAUCAUGUUGAAUUGCCUACAUUUCCAGACAUGUCUCUCCCCCUUAUGUUUAUCACCUCCACCGCCUGAUAAGCAAUGUCCACUAGAAAAGGUUCGUCAGAUUGGCCGAGAUGUGCGACAAACAUCCGACUGCAAGGUUACAGAUGCUGACUUGCAGGACUAUUUCAAGACACUGUCCACGCUCCUGGCUGACCCACAAUACUUACAACAUGAUCCUUCAGCCAUCAUAGCAUGUACAAGACUUAGUGAUUUGCAGAAUGAUCGUAUGUCCUUUGAAGAACUGGGCAAGCUGUUGAAAGAGGUCAAUCAAACGCUCGAAGAAGCAAAAAAGACCGGCAAACGUUUUUCUGAGAUGGCGGAAAAUACCUUGUCAAAACAUCUGCAGAAAUUGGAUGCCACUAAUCAGUUGGGGCUGAAACGCCUUAAAAAGAAGACAACAGUUGGGGAACAACGCCUUCAUAGCAAGACGAAAGUUGGGGAACAUCGCCUUGAAAGAAAGACACAAUUUGGGGCACAGAGAAUUGUGGGGCUGAAACGCCUUAAAAAGAAGACAACAGUUGGGGAACAACGCCUUCAUAGCAAGACGAAAGUUGGGGAACAUCGCCUUGAAAGAAAGACACAAUUUGGGGCACAGAGAAUUGAAAGCAGGACUCAGUAUGGGGAACAACGCAUCGAAGAAAAGACAAACGAUGCCGAUCAAUGUAUUGAUAGCAAGGUACAUGAUGGAACACAACGCAUCGAAAUCAGUGUACAGCAUGGCAUUGAGCGCAUGCAACAGGCAGCAAACAAAACUGCACAAGCAGACGAGCGAGACGAAGCAGAUUUCCGUCGUCGUUUGGUGGAACAUUACAAUGACACUUCGAGCAAUGUGCCUCUUUCAGUAUUGGAUCAGAGUCUUGAUAAACGUAUAACCGAUAUAUAUGCAACGCCGAAAAUGCACCGGUUUGAUAAAGCAAGUGAUGGGAAACGUGUUAAAAAGGAGCAAGUACUGACAUACAAGGAACUCUUUUACACAAACGACACAAAGUCAAAUCGACGUGUAUACGUACAAGGCGAGCCCGGCAGCGGCAAGUCAACGUUUGCAGCCAAGUUAGUUCAUGAUUGGUGCGACGAAAAUCAGCCUUCAACGGCAGUUCCCAACAAAAAUGCAUCGUUUGAUGACGUGUUAAUCAUUCAAAAUUUCCCGUUCAUUUUUUUCCUCUCGUUGGGAGAAUCAAGAGGUCAGACCGAAGUAACGCAUAUGAUAAAGAAACAAAUCAUCGACACAAUGUAUUCUGAAGAAAAACGUGAUGUCAUGUACACUCUUUUACUCAAAAUAAUAGAGACGGAAAUAUGCCUUGUAAUACGUGACGGUCUAGAUGAAUGGGUGGCUCCUGACGGUAGUAACCUUGCUGAACCUUCUAUGGCGGGAUUCUCAAAGGACAAGUGCGUGGUUCUUACAACUUCUCGACCAUGGAAACUUGCUGAUGAGCGUAUCAAGAAUUCACGGAUCGACAUCCUCGUUGAGAUCGAGGGUAUUAGCGAUUCAUAUACAUUUAGUAAAAGAGUACUGCGGUGCAUACUUGACAAGAGCAAGGAUCUUAAGACAACCGCGAGGGAAAUAAGGAGCUUCAUAGAGAAGCGUCGGCUGACCUGGUUAUCAAAUUCACCGAUGUUGUACACACUUGUUAUUUGCACGUGGGUGGACACUAUGGAGGAGGAGGAACAUUUGAACGGAUCUUCAUUGUGUGCAUUGUAUACUACUUUUCUUGAGAGCCUGUGUAAGAAGGCGAACGAUACAAUUGGCUUUUUUAACGAUUUAAACCCUCCUCAUGUGAAGUGUUUUUCAAGAACAAGUUACCUUCGGCCUAUCAUUCAAAACGUAGAUGUCAUUUCAAAAGCUGCUUUUAAUCUUUUGUUUUCUCCUGAGAAGGAAAAGUCUAUUGUAUUCAACGAUCAGGAAUUGUCAAACUAUCUUACACCAUCUGAACAAGAGUUUGCUCUCAAAGCGGGACUGAUAUCAAAACGGAAAACCAAAAGAGCUUUAAAUUCGUCCAUCUCAUUUAUCCACAAAAGCAUGCAGGAAUUCCUGGCUGCUUAUCAUAUUGCCCACAAUGCACGUUUGAUUGAUGACGUCAUUUCUGCAUAUCUGGGAUGUCAUUCGAAUGCAUAUCUCGACAUAUCCCAGGUGUUCAUAUUCCUAUGUGGACUGAGCGUAUCGGCAGCCAAUACGCUAUCUGGCAUUAUACAUGAACAUGAUAGUAAAAUAAUAGACGCACGUGGUGUUCCAUUACUUUCAUUAGAACAAGAUGAUUUUCAAAGCAUCAUAGAGGCAGGAUACAGAGAAGCUGUUUCAAAUGAUCAAACUGGCAUUCUCCUCAGACUCAGUCACUUUAAUAUCGGUGGGGACAACUUAAUCGACAUAUACAACAUAUGGAGAGAAAACAAGUCCAAUGUCCUGUCUUUGGAAAUACAUGUAUACGACGAAACGGAUCGUGCCAUACAUAGUUCAGCUACACAUAGCGAGCCAACAUCGCAGGUUGAGUUUGACCUGUCAUCGUGCCCCAAUCUGAAAUAUUUGGUACUUUUUGGAAGCGGCAUACAAAUACAAGAUUCGUCGAGUUCGGUCUCAUCGACACGUCCGGUGUGUAUUGUACUAAAAAGUGCAAAUCCAGUCCAGUGUGCAGAUCCUCAACCAGUGCUGCCUUGCAUUAAACAUAUUGCAUUUUACAGAAUUAGAUGUUCGUCUACCUGGCUGCGCAGUCUGCUCAGCACAUUGCUUACACUCGAUCAUUACGUUACGUAUCAGCUGACGAAAUGUUACAUAACAUCUUGUAAAGAAGAUGCAGUUAGAUGGGCAGAUACAGAGACGGGCGCAACAUUAUUGAGUUUUAAGGAUACAUUAUCACUGAGUAACGAUUAUGUAAGUGACAGUCUCGGUCUGUGGGAGGCUCUCCAUGGUCUGAAUAUCAAGAGCCUGAGUCUGAGUUUAAAAGUAAAAUAUGCAGACUCGAUGUCCAAGUCACUUUUAUCGCUCACUCAUCUGGACACGCUUAAUUUAAAAGUGAUUAAUAACGGUCCUGGUCUGUGGGAGGCUCUUUGUGGUCUUAAUAUCAAAAGUCUGAAUCUGAGUUUUGGGUAUAGCUGUUUAAGCGUAUAUUAUUCAGACUCGAUGUCACAGUCACUUUCAUCGCUCACUCAACUGGACACGCUUAGUAUUGAAUUGAACAUUCUAUGUCUGUGGGAGGCUCUCCAUGGUCUGAAUAUCAAGAGUCUGAGUCUGAGUGGUAUGUUUCUACAUUUAAACGUAAAAUAUGCAGACUCGAUGUCACAGUCACUUGCAUCGCUCACUCAACUGGACACGCUUAGUAUUGAAUUGAAUGGUCAAAGUCCCGGUCUGUGGGAGGCUCUCCGUGGUCUGAAUAUCAAGAGUCUGAAUCUGAGUGUUCAGUACGGAUGCUUUACUGUUGAGCAUGCAGAUUCGAUAGCACAGUCACUGUCAUCGCUUAAACAGCUUGAAACGCUUUCUAUAUAUUUUUGGACAUAUAUCGACAUAAAGCUACCUCAGUCAUUGAAGCAUUUAAAUAGCUACUGUAUGACAUUGCUUCCAUACAAAUUACGCGAACUUGUGGACACACUGUCUGCAUGUACUCAGACAAUCGAGAGUAACCUAGACUUUUGUUGUGCGUCUUUGGACGAUACAACUUUAACUUUUAAACGAAUUCCACCUGAGGAAUACAUUGUCGUCAAAAAGGAACUAGAGAUGCUGAAAAAUGUUGAAGUGAAGCGAUUCCAAAUAUUAGACCGGACACGUCAAACCAAUGUUUAUGAUGAUGAUGAUACCGCGUCUGACUGGUCUGUACGUGGCAUUGGUGGUGUCCAUGACGAUACUGAAGAUGAUAACGUUAACGAUGUUGCAUAUAAAAAUUUCGUUCGCGGAAUGAGUAAUACAAUCAUUAAUCGAAUAUCAAUGCGACUUCUGAUUACUCCAUCCUCAAACUCAUGAAUUUGCAAUAAAUGCGACUGCAACACCUGAUAAUGAGUAUAAUUGUAUUUAUAAUGUCUCGAAAAUUUUAAAUAAGAAUGAUUAUCUCUCAUGGGUAUCAUACAUUGACAGUUGGCAUUGUCAAACAUUAAUUUAACCAGUAUAAAUAAUCUUAACAUUUUUGUGACGUUUUAUUGGUGUGUAAAUGUUAAUGGAAAAUACUUAAUGAAAUACAUGCCUUUUUGUAAGUCUUGAAGUAUACAAAAAAAAACAUGAAUUCUAACACACCACGCAGUUUCAUUUCAUAGCCAAUACAGGAUAUCAUGUACUGGCUUUUCUGCAAUAUUUAUGUGCGAAGCAAAUUAUAUGUGUGCGUUGUUUCUAGUUCGAGUUGAAGCACUUAUAUAUGUACAUCUUGUGCACAUAUUACAGAACUGCUUUUAAAAAAAGUUGCUAUACCCAUGACUAUUGCAAAAUAUCAAAUACAUUUGAUCCCUUAUUAGCUAUAGAAUUCAAACCGCUUGUCGUCUUAGAAUAAUCAUAUAAUAAUAUGUGUGAAGUUGCUUCUUACAGACGGUGCGUGUCAUGUUGAUUUUAAUGUUUGUAAUUGCAGUUAACAGUAACCAGAUUAUUUUGCACAUUUAUAUUAAUAUUUUAUAUGCAAACAGAAAAAGUUGCAUACCUUUAGUUUUCAUUUAGUUUCAGGUUAUUAUUAGGUACUCAAAUACGUCCAUAAUAGUAUAUAAUUCUAUAUGGUAUUCUUCACUAUAGUUGUGUUACGCAUGUCCCAUCUUUAUAAAACACCUGUUUGGCUGUGACUCUGAGCCAAAUAUCAGGUUUGGACUUAUUACAACCUGGUUUUCAUAAUAAGGUUUGGACUUCUUACAACCGGGUUUGGACUCCUUAUCACCUGGUUUGCAUUAUAAGGUUUGCACUCAUAACAACCAGGGGACUGUUUCAAUAAACAUCGUAGUACACAUUUACGAUACGAUACAUUUUUUUAAGAUACAUUAUUAAUGUCCAUAUCAUAUGUUUAUACAUUUUCAGUACUUAAUCAAUUACAUUGGCAUCUCCAGCGCCGUAUAUAUUUGACGAGCUUUUCGAGCUAGUUCGUAUACUUAUUAAGAUUACAAAAUUCUCUCGUAUGCUACAAUUGUCGUACGAUCAUUUAUGAAACUGCCCCACGGUUUGCAUUAUAAGGUUUAUACUCCUUAGAACAGGGUGUGCAUUCAGCCUUCAGAGGUGGUGACCCUGAAUAUAUUAAUGUACGUUUUUGUUGUGUUUUUGUGCAUUUUGUCUAUCACAUUCGUACACAUGUGUUUUGCUUAUAAAUUUGAAAUAAAGCAGCUACUAGUAUUUAGUUUUAACUGAAAUCUUAAUUGUUGUGUGGUCCUGUGCUGUGUGGAGAAGUCGGAGUACACGUAGGAAAUUCAAACUGUCACCUUAUUCCAGUUAUCCACAUCGCAUUCGUUAUUGGUGACUUCCGACACACGAAAAUUUCUGUUUAUGUAUGUAAAUGAUGAUUUGUUAAUAUUAUUUUCUUGAUAUAGAUGAUAUCAUUAUUAUCUGUGUUUGUAUAUUACACUUGUUAAAAGAUGUUUACCAUAUAUAAACUUCAAUAUAAAGAUUAA